GUACUGUCCCACCACACUGCUUCCUUGGGGCGCCAUUGGGGACUGCCCCUUGCACGGGUGAGGCAUAAAUGCAUUUUCAUUGUGUGCAGUGUACACUUGUGUGCUGUGGAGUGCUGUGUCACAAUGGCAAUGGGAGUUGGAGUUUCCCAGUUGGGCUUUCACUUUGCUUUCAUUUUGUCAUUCCCUCUCCCCACUGUGUGACCAUAUAUACUGUGUAUUCCUGUGUGCUAUUACAGGUGUCUCCCGCAGUGUCGAUGAAACGAAUAUGGGAAAAAUGGGGCAUAUAUCAUGACGAGUGCACGCGUAACACCAGCCAACACCCUGCAGCUACCGGUGUGGUGUGCAACAGAACCUCUGACAGGUUUGCGUGCUGGCCAGACGGGCUUCCCAACACCACAGUCACCAUUCCUUGCCCCUGGUAUCUGCCCUGGUACGCCAAGGUACAACAUGGCUUUGUGUACCGCGACUGUGGGGCUGAUGGACAGUGGUCGGCGGAGAGGAACACGAGCGAGUGUGAGCUCAUGGGGGACGACGGUGCUGAGAGGCAUGGGAAGAUCCUGGCCAUGUUCCGGGCCAUGUACACGGUGGGCUACUCCCUCUCUCUGGGCGCUCUAGUGCUGGCCUUGGGCAUCCUCAUGGCUUUCAGGAAGCUCCACUGCACCAGGAACAACAUCCACAUGAACCUGUUCGCCUCCUUCAUCCUGAGGGCCAUGUCCAUCCUCAUCAAAGACGCCAUCAUAGAGAAACCCUUCUUCAACUUCGACCGAGACAUGCAGCACCACUCUGAUUACGAAGUGGAGUGGAUGGUCAACAACGAGACAGCGAUAGGUUGUCGGGUUGCCGUGGUGAUGAUGCAGUACAGCAUCACGGCCAACAGCUAUUGGCUCCUGGUAGAGGGCAUCUACCUGCACAACCUACUGGUCGUCACGGUGCUCCACGAGAGGAACUACUUUGGCAUCUACCUCUGCAUCGGCUGGGGUAUCCCUCUAGUAUUUGUGUUCCCGUGGGUGAUUGUGAAGUAUCUCUAUGAGAAUGAAGAGUGUUGGGAGCAGAAUAUAAAUAUGGAGUACUGGUGGAUCAUCCGCUCCCCCAUCCUACUGUCUGUACUGAUCAACUUCUUUAUCUUCAUCCGCAUCAUAAAGAUUCUCGUGUCCAAGCUGAGAGCACACCAAAUGAGAUACUCUGACUACAAGUUUCGGCUGGCUAAGUCCACCCUCACCCUGAUCCCUCUGCUGGGUAUCCACCCCGUGCUCUUCUCCUUCGUCACGGACGAGUCUACCUCAGACCGCGCGCUGGGACUGCGCCUCACCAAACUCUUCAUCGACCUCCUCUUCAGCUCCUUCCAGGGUCUCCUCGUGGCCAUCUUGUACUGCUUUUUCAACAAAGAGGUGCAGUCAGAGAUCCUGAAGAAGUGGAAGCGCUGGAAGCUGGGCCGCAACAUCGAGGAGGAGUACCGCCACACCUACAGCCACACGCUCAACCUGCGCGCCGGCAGCCUGGUCACCCAGCCCUCCAUGAUCCCCCUGCACUACCCAGACACCACCACCACGGCGGCGCCGGACUGCACCAAGCCCAUCGCCACCACCUCCUCCACAAAGACCGCCACCACCUCCCCCAUAAAGACCACCACCACCCGAGUGGACUUUGAGUCGGCCCCAGAGGAGAAGCACGCGCUGGUGGGCUGUCAGAAUGGCAGGACCCUGCGAGGUGGAGGUGGAGGUGGAGGAGCGCUGCCCCUUCAGCCACAGCCCCUGGACUCCCCCGGCUAUGAGGACGCUGGGAGGCCGCUGGUGGACAGGGGCCAGGGCUACGAGGGCCCGCUGGUCAGCAGUGAGAGCAGCCUCUGAGGGGAAGAAGGGACAAAGAGACACGCUCUCGUUCUCCAAGUGAUGAGGUGAUCAGCAGGGCGUCACUGACUGGACUGGAGGUCUGGUCUGGUGUCCUGCUCCGCUGGCUCGCCUCGCUUAUGCAUUCUACACACCUCCACCACACCCACCCUAUCAGCUCUAUGGCAGCUGUGGAUGGGAGACUGGCAACUUGGGACGGAGCUGGGGGCUGGGGACUGGGGUCGAGCCUGGAGAUGAGAUGAGCACCUGACACACAAUAGUGUUUGUGUGUGUGUGUGUGUGUGUGCUUGUGUGUGCUGAGGGAGAUUGGUGCUUUUCGUAUGAUGGUUGUGUAAGAAAACAGAGGAAGCUCACACAGGAGACAGGUCCACUAGUCCACUAGUGCCUGUCGGAUGGUCACCAUUGGCAACCAAGCCAUAUUGUUACUGUACAUGCUCUGCAGGACGGUUGAGGAUGAGGAUUUGUCCAGGAUGCCUGUUAGGCCUCUCUGUUAGCUGUCUCUUAUCCAUGCUCAUCUGACUCUGAACACAGGACAGACACCGGAAAUGUACAAUAACUAUCAUAAUGAACAGUACAAUAGUUGUCAAUAUUGUUUUAAAGGGAAAACAACAAAACUUUUGUAGUUGAGCUGAAUGGUUGGAGCUAUAGCCUGAUAUGACAUAGCUGUUUCAUCAACUGUUGAAGGUAAAAUUUUGAUUCAAGUCAAGACUCAAAUUGCACAAGAAAAACAAUACGAAACAAGAAAACAGAAGAAACAAGAAACAGAAGAACAAAAGUAGGGCAGUCAGUCAGUACAUGACUGCCUGAGGGAAAGGCUCUUUUGUUUGUUUGUUUGUUUGGGCAUGUUGGUGAACGGUGCUUGAAGAGCCAACGAACUAACUUAUCACAUAAUUGUGUGGUUGAGCCGCCGCAGCACCGCCGCAUCAUCGUAACCAUGUGAUUUUCAGAGUGAGGAUUCUGCGCACUUGAAAUACAUUUUGUUCCGAUUUUGCUGGAUCCAGCAAUGAAAUAAUAAAAAACAACAACAAGGAUUUCAAGUGUGCGGCUCCUACAGUCAGUUCCUGGGAUGUGCACACUCUUCCCCUUCAACUGAUGGUAACCAUGUGACUCUUGCUGAACUGAGCCUGCACUAGAGACACCGGACUACUGACAUUGCCAGAGCAAACCCCUGGCAGCUGCUUCAUGUCCCCUUAAAGCACAGAGUCCCCAGAAUGUAAUUUUCUUUUUAAGGUGUGUGUGUGUGUGUGUGUGUGUGUGUGUGUGUGUGUGUGUGUGUGUGUGUGUGUGUGUGUGUGUGUGUGUGUGUGUGUGUGUACAUGUGUGUAUACGUACAUAUGUGUUGUGUGCGUACGUGUGUGUUUUUCCUGAGCGGCCAAAACAAAUCAGUGUUAAGAUCUGCCGUUCCUUUCAUUCCUAUUCCAAACAGUAUCAUUCCCCUCCCUUUUGGGUCCCAGCUGUACCUUUGGGGACUGAGACCAUAUGAAUUGUUGGAACGUUCCCCUUUUCCGUGAUGCAGUGCGAUGUUGUUUGCUCUGUUGUGUGCUCUCUUGAAGGAUGUUUCCACACCGUUUGUG